AUGGAAGGGCCCGCCAUCGACCUCUCCGACGACGAACAAGCCGAAGCCCUGGGCGCCCGCGUCGCGGUAUUCGCCGAGUAUUUGGUCGACAACUUCUUCCUACCGCUGCGGGCGUCAACCGCGCGUACACCCCAGCCGACGCCCCAUUAUCGGUCCGCGACCCUGAGGUCCAGUAGCCGCGACUUUGUCGGGACGCCCGAGCGGCUGUCCACCCUCCGUGGCGACUGCCUAACGCGCGACAGGCAUCGGUGCGUUAUAUCACGCGCAUUCGAUAUGAUCAAGGCGCGCGAGCGUGAAACUCCAGAGGGUUUGAUUGUUGACGAUGCGGGCGAGCCGAUCGAGGAUAACAACAUACAUUAUUUGGAGGUUACGCACAUUUUACCGCACUCCUUGGUCCACGUCGCAGCUGACGAAGAGCUGAGCGAAACCAGAAAGACGGCUCUCGAGAUCCUCAACAUGCUUGACAAUGAUGUCGCCCAGCUUAUAAACGGUGUAGACAUUGACCGACCACACAAUUCUUUGACGCUUACCCUGAACAUGCAUCGGGGCCUUGGAGCCUUUGAUAUUUACUUUACGCAAAUUCCCGACCGCCCACAUACAUAUCGGAUUGAAACGUUUCGAAGAAUCGGAUUCAUGGUCAUGUUUCCGGUGACGAGGGCGCUGUACCUCUCGGUAGACCAGAGUAUUGAGCCACCAGCACCACGCCUGCUUGCCUUACACCGCGCCAUCGGACAUAUCUUGCAUCUUUCAGGGGCGGGGGCGUACAUCGACAAUAUCCUGCGCAAAUUUGAGGAGGAGCAACCGGUGCAAUGUAAUGGGUCGACGCCGCUGGGAGAAUUUGUGCAGCUGAGAAUGAAUCGGUGGGAUGCCACUGCCAUCAACUUUUAG